AUGACUGAACGUACGAAGGGAAAAUUCAAGUUCGAUCCUCUCGCACAGAUGUCUGCCGACGCGAAAGUGCCUGGGCCUCUGUUUAAUAAUGGUUCACAAGCCUCGGACGCCAUUGUCGAUAAUGAUGAUCCGUUUUCUAUUAACGGCCUCCGCGACGUCGCGCCUAUUAAUAUAAAGCGAUCCGGAGAGGUAGAGACUAUUGAAGACAGCAGUGAUAGGGCGAGUCUAACGAAGCAGCCUAAACGGGGCAGUUUGCGUAGGAGGAAAUAG